AUGCCUUUGACUUUCAGGCCGCGAGAUUGGCAGCGUCAAAUUGGAAACGAGAUGUUUCGCUGCUCUACCAAUCCCCAACAUAUACAACUGGAUAGUCUCAAUGAGGCAUUGGCCUCUGGUGCUCUGUGGUGGGCAACAGAUUUACCAAAGGACGCACUGCAGGUGAUGGUGGAAAACAGCCUUUGCUUUGGACUCUACAAAGUUUCCGAGGCCCAGAGCCCAGAUCAAACUGGAGAACUCUCAAUGAUAGGGCUGUCUAGGGUCAUCACUGAUCAUGUAACCUUUGGCUGGCUGACUGAUGUCUACGUGCUCGAGGAACACCGGAGAAAGGGGCUCGGGAGGUUCAUGAUGGAGUGUCUGAACGAGGCCCUCGAGAACCUUGUACAUCUGCGGCGCUUGCUAAUCUUGAGCCGAGAUGACGGUGCAAUCAGGAUUUACAAGAGUACACUUUACGCAAAAGACUGGCAACCCACGGAGGGCGUUAAGCUUCUGGAAAGGGUGGGCUCGUCUACGAAGCCGGCACUUGUCGAAUCAAGUAUCACUGGAAAUCAGACAUGA